UAGCUUCGGUAGGUUCUAACGGCAUUGCGCUUCUUCACAUUCACUACACAAAAAGCCAAGGGAACCUCUGCACCCAGUGUCAUGGCAGGAGAAGGGAUCACUAUUUCCCACUGGAUAUCAAGCCCUGUGCGCUACCAGGAGCACUUCAAAACCAGGAAUCUCAAUGAAUGCACUGAAGAUCAUCGACUAUUUGCCCUGCCGGGACCUGAAUGUCUGCCGGUUAAAAUGGACACUGAGGGGAGUCAAGCGGACAGUGAGGACGAGGAUUCAGGAGAGCCAGUGUUUCAAGUCCUGCUGGACGUGACUCAGUUUAAACCAGAAGACAUACUCAUACAGGUCUUUCAGGGGUGGCUGCUAAUCAGAGGUCAGCAUAGGGUGAGGAUGGACGAGCAUGGGUUUGUGUCAAGGAGUUUCACUAGACAGUAUCAGCUGCCUGAUGGUCAGUUCCAGGCAGGGGACCUCAAAGCCAUGCUGUGUCAUGACGGGAUACUAGUGGUGGAGACCAAGGACCGAUGGUGGCCAGCGUGUGAUUAGGAAAAUGCAAUGACUUAACAUCAUUCAUCAUGACAUGAUCAAACGUGGGCUGUGUUAGUAGAACAUUUUUGUUGUUUUAAAUCAGUUAAAUCAUAAAGCAAUCACAUAAUUUGCUGUUAUAUGACAGUGUUGCUUUGUUCUGCAUGUCCGCAGACAUUUAACAACAUUCAUUCAGCUUGAUUGCCUGCCUAAUGCUUAGUUGCUUACCAGCAAAAAAUGUCAUUUUCUAAUAAAUAAAACA